AAAGUAAUGAACCUUCAAAAUGGCGCCACGUAGAAAAAGUAUUGGCUCUCUACGCGUUCCACUAACUGACAGUUUAAACAAGGAAAAUAAUUAUUUGCGUUCGUUAAGUGAUUUUCAAGCACGAGUUCGCAGACGAGAAAGUAUUCGAAAUUGUAAAAAUGUAGCUGAAUAUGAUUUGGAGCAAAAAAUUAAAUUGGAAACUAAAAUAAAAGAAGGCUCUUCCAGAUUGUUGGCUGCUGCGCGGCAUCCUGCACAAAGUUUGGAGGCUGCACGUGCUUUAUUUACUUCUAACAAACGAAUGUCCGCCUAUAUGGUUGAGUUAGAAAACCGAGGAAAAGAUGCGUCGUUGAAAACAGGCAAUUCAGAUAGCAAGGGCAAAUUAUCUAUCUCGGAUCUUAGAUUUCCUUUGAUGUGGAGAGAUUCUGAUUACUUUAAAAACCGUGGAGAUUAUCGAAGAUUCGCGAUUUUUUGUAUAGUUCGAAUUGGCGCAGAAGUUCAGGACACGAGUUUACUUUUUCCAAUCGAUAGAAAGCAAACGGAUAUUAGCUUUCCUGACGUUUUAUUAUUCAAUAACGUAUCAGCUGAAUUUGAAUUAUCUUUAGAAGUUUAUAGUCAUAUUUUGCAAGAGGACCUUAGUAUUGCCAGCACGCCGAGAAAGAUCAGAAGAACUAUUCAUUCUUCAAUUUCGAAAACAGUAGGUCGAAAGUUUGCAGCCGCUCUACGAAAUGAAAAUGAGUCUAAUAAAGCACCACAGUUUGAGUUACUGGCUUACGCAAAGAUGACCCUUAACGAUACCAAUGAGAAUAUACGUUCACAUGAUCUAAUAUUAAACAAUUUUGGUAGUAAAGCUAGUGCAUUGCCGCUUUUCGGACAUUUUUGCUGUCGUUUAGCUAUUCAACCGUAUUACAUCGAUAAGGAAGUUUGUGCUGGAUUCGCAAUUAUAAAUAAUCGACGAUGCUGGAUACGAUUACGAAGUUUUCAGAUUGAAGUUUGGAAAUCGAAGAAAUGUUUGGAAAAAUUAGAAAAACCUACGUAUACGAUUUGUGUAAACAAGGAAACUAUUGUCCGCCGAUCGAAAUCAACGAAAAAUCAAUUACGUAUGAUCAAUCACCUAAAUGGUAACGAGAUACGUGAUGUUAUAGAAUUAUAUUCAAACGAAGAUGUUCAAGAAUGGUUUGAAAAAUUGGAAACAUGCAUUAAAGAAUAUGUCAGAUGGAAACAUGCAGCGAUAACAGUUCAACAAAUUCCACAUUCCGAGUAUUCGAAUGAAAAUAUAAAUAUAAUGAAUACUUUUAAUGGAAGGAACAGACGACACCGAUCUCUUUAUGACGAAACUUCUUUAACAGAUAAUAUUUGCAGGGAAGAAAACAUACUUUGCUCUACAUAAAAGUUUUAUUUCAAGUAUAUUAAUAUUUGCUAAAUAAUAAAAAUUAUAGUUAUUAAAACCUGUGAAUAAUAUAAGAAUAAAAAUUGUAAAAAUUUUAAUAUAUAGAAA